AUGGCGGCACUGGUGCAGAGAGUGCUUCAUCGUCCGAGCGCAAUGAAGAGGAUGGCGAGGCAGACUCAGACACAUCGGCCUCAGCCUCACCCGAAGAAUCCGGCGAACCUGCCACUGGAGGGUAGACGGCCGACGAUGGGUGUGCGGGAACCGCUUCACCCAAAGCAGACGGGCGCGAAAGUCGGGGCGCGGGGGAGACGGAUGUGUAUCAGGGCGAAAGGCCGAGGACAUGUGGACGGGCAUGUGCACCGCGCAUGCGGGAUCCCAGUGGACACCGACGGCCAUGACGUGCGCAUCUCGAGCCGUAUUCUAGAGCAACUCAUCCGGGCUCAGGACAGGAGCGCCAAGGAGAACGCGUGGUUGGAGGCGCUGUUUUUGAAUGCAAUGGCGGAGCAUUCUGGUGGAUCUCGUAAGCGUAAGGCUCGGAAGCAGAGAGACCCGGAGCAGGGGUUCAUGAACCCGAAGCGUAAGCGUGGCGAGACAUGGAGCGGCGAGUCCGACGAUGACGGAGAGGACGACGAGGAAGAUACGCAUGGUUCUGGUGGUCGUCAUAUGCGUAUUGCAAAGUCUCCUAUUCUGCAACGCGCGUUGGCGCAUCUGCCGACAGACAAGGCGUGGAAGCGGGUGUGCGAGCUGGCCAGAGUUCACUUGUUUCUCAAUAGGCCCACGUCGUCGAUGACCUUCUACCCGAGCAGCGACGAUAAGACUCACGGAGUGUGCGCGGUGCUGGACCGCCUGCCUCACAGCUUCGCCUGUUUGGCGUUGGCGGCUGACAAGUCGCGACGGGCGGAUCUCAACAAGACGCUGUCGGAGUGGAAGACAAGGGCUGCCGCUCGCAUGCGAGACAUUGCACUUCCCAAGCUCGGCGUGUUCCGGGACGACAGGGACGCAUCCAGCCCAUGGGCACUUGAAAUGGAGCGUAGUAUCGACAAGAUAAGGGAGCGCAUUGGGCUUGGCGCUGACCCCCCUGAAACUCCAGUGCUGACCAGCUGGGCGCACGACAGGGAUGGCAUGCCGUUUGCCUCUUGGGCGUUCGCGACAUGUGCGAAGGCUGCCUUCAAGCCGAAGAAGGCAGGGCUGGUGAUGACCCUUAAGGUCUCUGACUGCGUCCUCUACUGGGAGGCGCGGAAAGGCCGGCUCUCCAACUCGGCGGGCGGGAACGCCCACGUGGUGGAUGGGCUCAAGGUCCUGGUCAAGGAGGCCGUGGAGAGGGCGAUCCGUAUCCGCAACCCCGAGUAUGACGCGGAGCGCGAAGCGUGGAUUUGGGGGCGCCAUGGCCUGUGCAUCUCUGCGUGCGGCCCGGAGCACAUGAAGCCCACGGCCGCCACCGAGCUGCAAGGCAUCGUAGAGGAUGACGACCUUUCGGCGUCACUUGGUGAUGAGUAG